AUGACCCAGGGAGAUGUGUCAAUGCAGCAUAAGGGGAUGGCGUGCUGUGACCAGACGGAUAAAGUCGAUUUUGAAAUUGAUAGUGGAAGUCAUGUUUCUACAAUAUGUCAAAGUGAUGCAGCCAGAGCAGGUGUGGUUAUUUCUCCAACAAAACAUCGUGUUCGUGGAUACAGUGGAAAUGCUAAAAAGUUAUGUGGAGAAACUUAUUCUGAUGUCAAGCAUACUGUCUCUUUUAAUGUCAUAUCUGAUGCAAGGCCAAUUUUUGCAAGAGCUCGACCUGUUCCAUUGCAUUUACAAAGUAAGGUAAAAGAAGAGCUUGACAGCUUAACUACUAGUAGUAAAAUAUCUAAGGUAUAUUCCAGCGAUUGGGCUUCAUCCACAGUUAAUGUUAUGAAGGAUGAGAAUAACAUUCGAAUAUGUGGUGAUUUUUCGGUUACAGUGAAUAAAUUCCUCGAUCCAGUGCAGACUUCAUUACCCUCCAUUGAUGAGGUCAUUGCACAAGUUGGCUCUGCAACAGUUUUCUCUAAAAUUGAUUUGGCACAUGCAUUUUUACAGUUGCCGUUAGAUGAAGAAUCUAAGAAAUAUACAACAAUUAAUACUUGUGAAGGGUUGUAUCGAUACAAUUACCUCCCAUUUGGCUUAUGGGCUAGUCCCGGUAUAUUCCAUUCAUUUAUGUUACAGUUAUUGAAUGAGAUUCAUGAUGUGAUUAUUUACCAGGAUGAUCUACUCAUUUUGUCUCCUAAUGUUGAUGAGCAUACUGUUACCUUGAGGGAUCUACAGUUGUAUAAUCCAGGUUAUGAAACUGUUGGAAAGAGACAGUUCAGGAUAUGGGAUUGCUCCUGCACUGAUGCAAUGUAA